UCCUGUCACUGCGGUCUGCAGCAAGACUCCAGUUGCGACCCCUUUACUUUCUUUCGUUUUUCAUUUUCGAUCUGAUUCCCCUCUGUCGGUUUUGUUAUUAUUAUGAUGGAUCCUCGGCUGGUUUCGUCACUCUUUUCGUGGGAUACAGUGACUGGAUGACUUUGGGGGACAAUAAAAUGGGAGUAUAGGGUCACGACUUGGCAAAAAAGGCAAUAUUGCCCCGUGGAGCUAUCGCCUUGAUGGGAACCAUGUCGCCGCAACAGGGAACUAUCGGACAGAGCAGGUCCGGUUCUCUGACAGGGGAGAACAAGGUCAAUGUACUGCUGCCCGACAACAAAAAGAAAAUGAAGACCCUGGCCCAGAGACGACAGUCUGCACCUUCCUUGGUCAUCAGCAAAGCACUUACCAAAUCACGAAGCAUAUCCAGGGAGAACUGUCUGAUACCAGUGAACCCAGAGUCGUGUCCCCUGGUUCAGGCCUUCCUGGCUGGGUGUCCUGGCAGAGUGUUCCUGGGACAUGCCCAUGCCCAACUGAAGACCGGUCUCCAAACCCAGGAGAGGCACCUCUUCCUCUUCACGGACACCUUACUCGUCGCCAAAGCCAAGUCUCCAACCCACUUCAAGGUGAAGGCCCGGGUGCGAGUGUGUGAGAUGUGGACGGCAGGCUGUAUGGAGGAGGUGUGCGAGGGGAGCACUAACCCAGAGAGGAGCUUCGUCAUGGGUUGGCCCACAUGCAACUGCGUGGCCACUUUCAGCUCUGUGGAGCACAGGGACAAAUGGCUGGUGUUCAUCAAAAGUCGGAUAAAUGAAGAGAAAGAGAAGGAUGAUCCCAAGACCAUUCCCCUGAAGAUAUUUGCAAAGGACAUUGGUAAUUGUGCAUAUGCCAAGACUCUUGCAGUCAGUAACACGGACACUACCACUGAUGUCAUCCGCAUGGCACUGCUGCAGUUUGGCAUAACGGGUUAUGUUAAAGACCACCAGUUGUGGGUGAACUCCAGUAAGGAUGACCCUCCAUACCCUCUCAUUGGCCACGAGUUCCCCUUCAGCAUCAAGAUGAGCCACAUCCGUAAUGGGGGUGGCGGCAGUGGAGGGCUUGGAGGAGGUACAGGGAGGGAUCCUGUGAGUCCCCCAGACUGUCCAGGGGUGCUGCUGUUGGACCAGUGUCUCCCUCCAGACACCCAAUGUCAGUUCAUCCUCAAGCCCAGCAGGGUGGCCCCAGGCCAGGCUCCACUCAUAGAGCCUAGUCAGCAGAAGUCCUUUAAGAGGAAGAGGUCACUGAUCAACUGGACCUUCUGGAAAGGCUCCAACAGCCAGUUGGAUGGGCUGCCUCUCUCUCCGACCUUGCUCUCCCCCACCCAGGGACGUCUAUUCGGACGACCUCUUGGCUCCAUCUGCACACCGGACACCGGCCUGCCAAAGCCUGUCAUGGACAUGCUGGUGUUCCUGUACCAGGAGGGUCCCUACACCAGGGGGGUGUUCCGGCGCUCGGCGGGGAUAAAAGCCUGCCGGGAGCUGCGGGAGAGGCUGGACAGUGGAGCCGAAGACACGGACCUCACACAGCAGUCUGUGUUCGUGACAGCAGCCGUCCUUAAGGACUUUUUGCGCAACAUUCCAGGCAGUCUGUUGUGUGUGGAGCUGUAUGACCAGUGGAUGGCCCUGAUGGAGGGAGAGGGUGGGGAGGAGAGGACGCAAGCAGUUCAGAGACUGGUCCACCUCCUGCCCAGUGAGAACUUGCUGUUGCUGUGUCAUGUGGUUGCCAUGCUCCACUGUAUCCAGGGCAACGCCCAUGACAACCAGAUGAAUGCCUUCAACCUGUCUGUCUGCAUCGCUCCCAGCAUGCUUUGGCCUCCAACACCAACCACCCCAGAGGAGGAAGGAGAGGGUACAAAAAAGGUGUGUGAACUAGUGCAGUUCCUGAUAGAGAACUGUCGCAGUGUGCUGGGAGAGGACGUCACCUCUCUGUUUGCAGCCUUCACACAGAAAACCAACGGCAGCGACCAUGGAUCUGAUGUGUCGUCAUUCCAGAUGAACGACUCAUCCUACGACAGCCUGGAGAAUGAGUUGAACGAUGACCCUGAAUCGCCGUACCAGGAGCAGCUGCCGCUUUGCGAAAAGGACAAGCCCGACAGCCGCAGCCGCGACUCCGUCAUCACCCUCAGCGACUGUGAGCCGGACCCUGAAACGGAGACCGACCUCCUGCUGCAGCUACCCCCGCUGGCCAGACCCAGGAAGUUCAACCCCGCCGUCCGCCAACCACGCACUCGCCAGCCCAGUGGCCCUUCACAGGCUCCCAGGAGACUACGGAGGAGCUCCGAGCCUGCCCUGGGCCUUGGGAGCACGCCUCCCUCAGGGAUGAGUGCAGUUCGCACAGAGAAACAUUACAUGGUGUCGAGGAAGGCGAGCUAUGAUGCAGCCAUGGAGGGGAGGGAAGAGGAGGAGGAGGAUGAGGACGAGGUGUUUCUAGAGCAGGGGCUCAGCGGGCUGCAGCUUAAAGAAGCAGCUGGACCCGGGUGUGAAAAGGGAGGAGCCAAAGCCCAGGGUAGCGGGCGCAGAAAAACAAAGCAUGCUCCACCUCCUCCAUUGCGAUUGGAUGCCAGCUGUUCCAGCCUGUCGUCGCCGGCGACCUCUCCCACGGGCUCCUCCCUCAGCUCUUUGGACUCCGCCUUCUCGCAAUAUUCAACUGACUAUGUCACUAACGGGGCGUUUCCCUUGACUGAGCCAACUCCUCUCUCGCCCAUCUCAUCUCUCUCCUCUGGACGACCCCAGCUGUCUCCCAGGGGUUCUCCCCCUCAGAGGGAAGCCCCCCCAGAGUCAUACCAGCUGAGCCAGGCCCCUCGGGCCAACCACGGCCACUCCCACAGCCUCCAUCCCAACACCUGGCUUAAGAAGGAUCGCCGUCUAUCAUUAAAGCAAUCUGAUAACGGACACACAGAAGAAGGAGCUGGAUUGGUGAAUGGGUUGGGUAGCACCCGCCCACUCAACAGUGGCUCCUCUGUUGGAGCGCAAGAGACUGUGGUGGUGGAUAGGCACUUGCAGAGGAGGUCCAGCAGCCCUCCAUCCUACCAACAGGCUCUUCUCCAGCUUCAGCGCAGCCGGUCACCCUUUUACCGGGGCACAGAGAAGCCCCUGACUGUCAGGGAGCUAAGGCUUCUCCAUGACCAGGCAUGUGCCCACAGGCCCCCCAUGCCAUCCUCCCCCAACAACCCCAAACCCCAAAAAGGAAGUGAGGCUAUGCAGAGACUGGCAGGAAGUGAGUCUGUCCUGCCCCCUCAGGGUGUGUUUUAUGGACAGAGUGCCACCACCCUGGUCCUCCAGAGGAGGAACUCCCAUUCCCUGACACCUGCCAUGGAAGGAGACCGAGGGAGAAAGACCCACACUUUGCCCCGUCGGGCCUCUGAACCCGCUAAGGUCACAGAGACCUCAAACCCAAUCACCAGCCAAACUUUGGACAGGCGCCGCAGUUCCAAAUCGGGUAAAAGCCAACUCCAAGAGAACGGCCUCCGGGUGUCGGACGUCGAACCGUUGAACACCUCUUCUUUAGCUGAGCCACGUUUCUGCCUGUCUCCCUCUGCCACCAGAGCCGUGAGGGAUUACUUUUCCUCGCAGGCUCAGGCUCAGGCAGAUGCAGAUGCCUGCCUGCGACGAAGCCAAGAGGUAGCACUGGCCAUUGUCCAGGGGAAGAGAGAAUGGCAGAGCAGGCGGUGCAGCGAUCCAAGAGUCGACGAUUUUGAUCAGCUGUUUUUUGCCGAAGAGUCAUAUGUGUAAAUAAGGACCUUAUAUGGACACGCUGUGAACAAGAAACUUGUUUGUGUUUUGUGUCUUUUGUCAGUGUCAUUUCUCUGAAUCACAUACAUAAUCUACCCUUUUGUUGCUGGAUUGUUAAUAAUAGCAUAUCCUCCCAUGUAAUGGUACUUCCUACUGGCUGCCAUGGCCCCCACACUCAGCCAAAAGAGUAAAACAGUGGACAUUUCUUUAUCUGAGGCAGCAUCCUAUGUCCACUCAUCUAUCUAGUUCUGCUUUUACUUUGUUUAAAAGCAGAUGCUUGGUUUUUGUAAAAUAUGCUCCAUAUUUUGCUGCAUGAUUGUACGAUUGCUGCAUCAAGAGAAGUUCUUAAGAAAAGGUAUCAGCAGAUGCAAAUGGUCUGGAACAGGACAGUCUGACAGAUUACAAUUUGCCUUUUAAGCUCUUGCUACAAUAACAGAGAGGGCUCAGGCUGCAGUAAGUGUUGUGUUGGUGCAGGACAGCAGCAGGAUAUACACGGGAUAGGGGAUUUUUAUGUCUAUUAUUGUAUCAUAUUUCACCAUUGGUGUAAGUUACAUAAAAUACAUUUGUUUUUUUUUUAACUGUUUAAAACCAAAUUUUAUCUCUGAGCUGAUUUUAUUUCUAUUAUUUUGGAGACCAGCGUGCACGCAUGCGCGCGCGUGUGUGUGUGUGUGUGUGUGUGCAUGUGCCUGUUUUCAGUAGCAGUGAAUCAAUGGGUGAGGUAUUUAUUGAUACUGUGCAGAGUGUCCCAGAGACGAAGCACAGUCAUGUCCUCUGUACCUUCUCUGUAUGAGGACAAGAUCUGUUCUGUUUCUGCAACUAGGCGGAGGAGGGAAGGGAAGUGAGCGAGUGAGGAAGAAAUACUGUUUGUGUGUAUGUGUUUUGUGAGAGAAUUAAUAGAUGCAGAGUUGUCAGCUGUGGAAAAUGUAGUCACUGACAGUGUGUCCUAAGCAAAAAUGUGAGUAAUCUUGUGCCAUUCGGAGGGGGAAAUAUCUUCUUGGUGUUUGAUUUAGCCUGUUUUUUUUUUAAAUGGCACUUAACUAUCCUUGCCACAAAAAAAAAAGAAGACAAAAAACUUUAAUUUUCACAAGAGUGAGAGGACACAGCCUGUAGGUGUAAAUGUGUGAAUGCAAAUGUUUGGGUGCAUGUAUAACACAACUUUGUAACAACAGUUUAUUGGAGAUGUUAUUUUCUGUUUUCUCCACGACAGUCCUGAUGUCAUUGUGUUGCUGAUUGUUCAAGGUAAAACUGUACUUUACAGUGUCCUAAUUCCAGUAUUUUAACUUGUGUAUUAAUGUAAAGAGAAAUAUACCGUGUACUUAACAAUACUGUCUCUGUACUUUUUUCUUUUUUUUUUUAAGAUUAUGUUUUUACCUUUAUCAGGCAGUGGAGAGCUAGACAGGAAACGAGGGAGAGAGGGAUAUGACAUGCAACAAAGGUCACCGGCUGGAAUCGAACCGGCGAUGUUGUGACUUUGUGGUAGGCACUGUAACCAUUUGGCUAUGGAGGUGCCUCACACUGUCUCUGUACUUAAAAUGAGAAUGUAUCUAAUAUAGUAUUUAAUGCAAUUUAAGCACAAUUUUAUCUUGAAGUAACAAUCCUGAGGAAAGUUAUUUUUGUUUAACUAACUGACACUUAUGAUGACAUUAGUCAUUAGAUUCGGUGUUUGGGCACGCCAGAUCCCAGAGAUCUGUUUCAGAAGAAACAGUUGUCAUGCCGACACCGUCCACCAUAUAAAAUACAUGACUGAAUCUGAGUUUUAGCUAUUGAUGUAACUACUGUUGUUAAAGGCAUUUUACAAACUACUUUAUGCCAUAUCUACUUGCUGGCCAAAACAACUGAACAAACUUGUUCAAAGUCUUGUUGAACACUUAAAAUUCUACAUGCCAUAACCCCCCCCCCCCCAAGAGAAAUCCCCCCCAAGAGAAAUCUACCCAAGGUUAAAAUGAGCUGCUGCAAAGACGUUCAUGAUUUGGGUAUUUCAGAUUGGCUAUUGUCGUCAAUACACCAACCAUAAAAAGUCUAUAAAAUUACAUUUGUUUGCAAAUAAAUCUACUAUUAAUGUGUGAACACGUUAAUAGUAUGACCUAAUAUGAUACCACCAUUUAGGACUCAGGCUAAUACACUAGAAUAUGGCAACCAUAAAAUGUUAGUUUUGAAUUAUUAUAUUAUUAUUAUAAUUACUGGGAUGCUUCCGUAGCCGAAUGGUUACAGCAUAUGGUCACAACUGUCGCUGGUUUGAUUCCAGCCGGCGAUAUUUGUUGCAUGUCAUACCCAUCUCUCUCUCCCAUUUCCUGUUUGCUUUUCAUUAUUGUUGUCUAAUAAAGAUAAAGAUACCAAAAGUAAUCUUAAUAAAAUUAUCAUUAUUAUUGUUAUUAUUAUUGUCUCCAUUAAGUGAAUUCUGAAUUUCUGUUCAUCAUGUAUAGUCCUUCAUAUUUAUGAACAUAAGUUUAUUAUGAUAUCCUGUAACUUUUGGUAUGUUGUGUUGUACGAGGAAAUCAAAUGUGUAUUUUUGUACAUGCCAAUUCUGCUGCUGCUGUUUCAAUAGAAAGUAUAUUUGCUACAGAAAACACCAUUUGUAUAUUGUGUACAUCUGACGUCCAGUGCUUAUAAAAACAGAAUAUCCUCCAUUCUAAUAAAUGUUGCU